AUGCAUCCACCAUCUCUUCAGCUCCUUCGAGCCCUGCGAACAUCCAUAUCCCCAACCACAGUUAGAGCCGCCACCCCUCUCUGCGCGAACCUUACCCGCAUGCAAGCUCAUAUCGCCUCGCCAUUCGAUUCUUCUCGUCGCCAUAACAGCGGCUCUAAUGGCCCUGCACACAUCCGCCCAACCCGCAUGGUGUCCCGCGCCCAUCCAUCGAAACCACGCAGCCAUGACCGCGGCCCGCCAUCAAAGGAGGAUACUCAGACUGACUUCGCUGCGCUUAAUGUUCUCGGAAACAUCCCUACCCCGACAACGGCGGUCGAUGCCUGUCUGGAUACGGGAUUCCAUCUAGACAAUGGUGUUAAGAUUACAGGUGGUGACGGGGUGAUGCUGGUCGGCGGAGAGGCUUUCACUUGGAGACCUUGGCUGGGGAAACAGGACGGGGACAAGAGCAGUAUGGUCAAUGCGAAGGGGCAGUUUGAGGUUGAUGAGCAGGCAUGGGGUCUUCUGGACCUAGUGUGGCCUCGUCCUGAUUUGCUGAUUCUUGGAAUGGGAGCUUCCAUAUACCCUCUCGCGCCUGAGACUAGAAAGCGCAUCAACGCUCUUGGGAUCCGGGUUGAAGUGGUGGAUACGAGGAACGCUGCUGCGCAGUUCAACCUGCUCGCGACCGAGCGGGGAGUCUCUGAGAUUGCGGCUGCCAUGAUUCCGAUCGGAUGGAAGGGGAGGUAA